AUGGAUUUAAAUAUUAAUAAGCCUUGUAAGCAUUAUGAUAGAGGAUGCCUUAUCCUUGCACCUUGCUGUAAUAUAUGGUACCCCUGUAGACUUUGCCAUAAUGAAAAGUAUUCAGGUCCUAAAGGAAUUUGUAGUGUAGAGACAUUAGAUAGAUAUUCAAUCACCAGGAUAAAAUGUUUAAACUGUGGUUUAGAGCAAAAACCAUAAUCAGUUUGUGAAAACCCAUAAUGUAAUCAUGAUUUAGGGAAGUAUUUUUGCGAUAUUUGCAAAUUAUUCAACAAUGAUACUACAAAGUCUAUGUAUCAUUGUGACAAGUGUAAAAUGUGUAGGAUGGGUACAAAAGAAAGUAAUUUUCACUGUGAUGUUUGCGAUAUAUGUAUGAGCAAAACAUUAGAAAAAAAUCAUAAAUGCAUCGAAAAAAAAACUGAAUAAGAUUGCCCUAUUUGUUUAGAAAAUUUAAAAAUUUCAACAAAGUUAUGGUAACAAUUAUAAAGAUGUGGGCACUGUAUUCAUACAGAAUGCUUAGAAAAUUAUAUAAAAAAAUCUAACAAUAUUAAUUGUCCUUACUGCGGUAUGAGUAUCUAUUUGCAAUCUGAAAAUGAAAAAUAAAGAAUAUAACUAUACAUUGAUGAAAUAUAUUCAACAAUGGAUCCUAAAAUAAAAGAAGAAUUAGCUGGUAAGACUUAAAUCCUGUGCAAUGAAUGUGGUAAAAAAUCAUAUGAUGUUGAUUUUAAUGUUAUUGCUAUAAAAUGUCCCCAUUGUAAUUGCUUUAAUACAAAAGAGAUUAAAUGA